GCUAUUACAGGCGGCUAUGCUUGACGGAUAGCCUUUUCACUUUCUUUUAAACGGAAUAAUUAAUGUAUUUUCCAAACAGUCAGUCACUUGAAGUUCUGAGUACAGAAAGAAGCUGGUAGUCUCGAGGGUGGGCUGAGCUAUUUUGAGGGUUAUUCAACGAAACCUUUGCAACUAAGGUGGAUCCGGUAAAGUAAGGGUGCGUUCCGUAGUCUGCUCCACUUGUUUGGACCAAGAGAUGUGAAAAUUAGGGUAUACGCAAAGUCAAUCAUACUGCACAAAAAUGAUACAUUGUUGUCUACACCAUUUACAGCUUGACGUGACAUCUUACCGAUUGCAGUCCUUACAAAUAUCAAGAAGACCACAUUCCUCCACCGUGUCUUCCAUUUACCCCUAGUCGACCACGGAUGGAACUUCAUCUUUACGUACACAUAAGACGUAAUGGGAUUUGAGAGGCAGAUCACCCUUAUGAUUGGUUGUCUUGAGACACUCUUCUACGGAGGAACCAUAUUCGGCUGGCCAUCACUGGUAUUUGUACUCAAGGAUAUCGGCUACUUCGGCAAAGACUGUCUGCAGACCGGUGAUGACGUCACCACACCAGCCUCAUCGUCUUCCGCCUCGCCUCGUCCUCCCAAUGAGGAUCAUGGCUCAAUCGAUGACGAUGAUGCCUAUUUUACCAACUCUUCAUCGCUAGUCGCUUGUCCAACUCAAGACGCCAGUCUGCAGCUAAUGUAUUCAGUAGCCAUUGCAUGCCAGCUCUUCUCUUUCUUUCCCAUGGGUGUUCUUUUCGAUAUUUUGGGGACCAGAUUCACUCGACUCCUCUUUAGUGUACUCUUGCUGGCUGGGAACCUUUUGAUGGGGUUCAGCUCCCCCGAACUCCCGGGUCUACUCUAUCCAGGAACCAUCCUCAUGGUGGCAGGUGGCACAGCAGUCAUAAUCUCUAGCAUGGAGAUUGGUAAUCUGUUCCCGUCGCACAAAUCGACCGUCAUCACAGGUUUGCAGGGUCUGUACGGUUCAUCCCAAGUCGUCUUCUUCAUACUAAAGAUUGCCUACGAAGCCGGGUUCUCCCUUUACACAGCUUUCUUCAUCUCAGCCGGUUGCACCCUUCUCCUGAACAUAAACACCUUCAUCUUCUUACCUGUCAAUCAUAUACCUUGGCCACUCCCCCAGGACUACAAACUCACUAUCCAAUGCUUUAGCAGUCCACACAAGGCCCCGCCCCCUACCGCUUCUGAGAUGUACAACGAGGCGUAUGUAGUUGAUGGGGGGACAGCGGAGGAGGAGUCUCAAUCUGAUAUUCUUAAAGGGGAUCUGCAGACAACUAAAGUUGGCGAAAAUAAACCAACAACAACAGAGAACAAAAAUGACAGUUCAAAUGGACAAGCGCCCUCACCGUCCUCGACAGCCCCUGAUCCUCCACAGUGGGCCAAGUACACGUCACUCAGAUCUUGUAUACUGUCAUUCCCGUUCUGGGCCAUACUGCUAUGGCAGGCAAUCCUCGAACUCGAUGCCACUUUCACCUUAGGCGUCUUAAAUUAUUUCUUGACUAGACUAGCAAAGGGGGAUACGGCAGUUGUGAGUUCCUAUACAAAUGGCUUCAUCAUAAUACAGCUAACUGCUAUAUUAUUGGGUCCACUAGGAGGUCUAGUCGUCGAAAGGAAUAGGGCUGGACCAUGCAAAAAAGGAAACAAUACUAGAAGUUAUUACGAUGACAUUCUAGACUGCUGUCUUCCCCUCGCCCUACCAAGUCUCCUCUCAGCGGCUUACUCUGGUAUCUUCCUCAUUCCCAACUUGGAAGUCCAGUACUUGGCUUUUAUGAUCUUCACCUUCUUUCGUGUGUUUUUCUUUGGUACCGGACCUGUGAUCAUUGCUUCAAUAUUCCCACAGAAGUAUUUUGGGCGCAUAUACGGCGUGAUCCGCACUAUCACAGGCUGUGUUACUCUUCUCCAAUACCCAAUCUUUAUUCUGAUUCAAGAAUAUCUGGAUGAUGAUCCGUUCUAUGUGAUGAUUGGUUUUGCUGUGGCUGAUCUACUUACUUUAUUCUCACCCGUGUUCCUCUACAUCACAACCAAGAACAAGAUGAACAAUACUGACCAAAAUCAAACUCAACAAUGAUAAAUAAAUCGGACCUUUUUGAGAGGAUUUAGCAUUUUUUCAACUCGUUACUCUAAAAUGUCCCAAAGAUUCCCAAAUAGAAUAAUUUUUUUAUAUAAAAGUCAUGCGUUAAUGUAAUUAAGAAUUUGAUAUUAUCUUUCACGAGAAAAUAAAAGUAGCGUCCAAAAGAUAGAUAGCAAUAUUGUGCCUGUAAUAUCAAGUAUUAAGGAAUGUAUUAAUCGAAGUUGUAGUAGCAUGAGAAUAGUGAAACAUGAUUAUCUCGAUAGCUAAUGGUCGAAUGUGAUCGGCUGAAUCCAGGGGCGUAGGAAGACUAUUUGAAUAGUCCGGGGGGAGGGAAUUUUCGCACCAAAUUUACCGACAGGUUAGCCUAAAAUGGCACAAGCCACCCCCCCCCCCCCCCCUCCCCCACCAAAAUAAGAAAAAUAUUCAGAAUUUAACUUUAGUUUUGCUAACAAGGGUAAGAUAAUUUUGAAGAGGUUGGGGCGCCACACCCCUUUCACACUGCCCCUUCUAGAAUCCUCCUUAUAGAACAGAGUGUUUUAAUUUUCAUUCAAAAAAUCAUUUGCAUAACUAAAUCAACAUUUGUUAUUUAAACUUCUUCCGUCAUGUUUUUGUCUAAAUGUUGAGUGAAAAAGAAAUACUGGCUGAAGUAGAUUUAUAGCAGUAAGUGUUGCCAAAUUAGAUAAGAGUGUGGUAACAUUUAGGGGACUAUAGUUUAAAGCAUUAAUGAGCGAGAUUGACAUUCUUGUAACUAUUCAAAGUGCGGCAUGUACACUUGCUUUGCAUUUGAGUGAGUUGAAUAGAUAUGAUUAUGUUACCUCUAUAAAGUGAUUUAAUACUUCCAUGUCGCUACAGAAGUCUUGGUACGCACCAUGUGUACUGUUUAUUCUAUAAUAACUUCUUAUAAGCCUUGUUUUUAAAUAUUUUGCUAAUUGUUAAUUUUCCUCUCCUCAUAUUUGUUGAAAUUAUUCUCAGACCACAAUUUUUUAAUUUAUUCAUGUCUAAUAAAAUCCGUUUAGAUAUCACUAAAA